AUUCACUGCUCUGUAAUUAUACUGUAAAAUAAUUAUGUGGAAUAGAACUUAUUCAUAUACUUUUGAGAGAGGAGAAUCAACACUCUUUCAUGUUGCUGAUUAUGUUGUCUUUGGACUUACUCUUUUGGUGUCUGCUUCAAUAGGACUUUUCUAUGCAAUUAAAGAUAGGAAUAGUAAUAACGAGAAAGAAUUCCUGUUGGCGGGCCGAAACUUGUCAGUUUUUCCUGUCACCCUGUCACUUCUCUCUAGUUUCAUAUCAGCGAUAACACUGCUAGGAACACCAGCUGAGGUUUAUAAGUACAACACGAUGUACUGGCUUAUUUCUAUAGGAUUUGUCAUAGCUGCUACGGCGUCAGCUCAUAUCUUUAUUCCAGUAUUUUACAACCUUGGCGUCACCAGUGUGUUUGAGUAUAUUCAACUGAGAUUUGGUGGAGUUGUGAGGAUCAUUUCCUGUAUUGUUUAUUUGGUUUGGAUGUUGUUUUACAUGUCUAUCGUACUCUAUGGUCCAUCUCUUGCUCUUAGUGCUGUUACCGGCAUCAGUUUGUGGGGCUCUGUUGUAGCAGUUGGAGUAGUGUGUACAUUUUAUACAACAUUGGGUGGAAUGAAAGCCGUGGUAUGGACAGACUCCUUUCAGAUGAUGGUAAUGUUUGCAGGUAUGUUUACGUUGCUUAUCGCAGGAUGUAUGAAGGUAGGCGGUAUAGAUGUAGUAUGGAAUGUGGCAGACCAGAAUGAAAGAAUCAAAAUUUUUAUUAUGAACGUUGAUCCUACAACCCGCCAUACUUUCUGGAACGUUGUAGUUGGUGGUGGUUUGUUUUGGACUGCAGUAUAUGGAAUUAACCAAGCACAGGUUCAGCGUGUUCUGUCUCUGCCUUCUCUGAGAAAAGCGAAACUGGCAUUAUGGUUGAACUUACCUGGUAUGUGUGCCGUAUUGACUUUGGUGUGUUUGGUUGGUUUAACCAUGUAUACUUAUUUUAGUUCUUGUGACCCAGUUUCCUUAGAGAUAAUCAAGAAAUCCGAUCAGCUGAUCCCACUUUUCACAAUGGACCUUGUAGGACAUCUACCUGGUUUACCAGGACUUGUUAUAUCCUGUGUUUUCAGUGGAAGUUUGAGUACGAUAUCAUCUGGAUACAAUGCUAUUGCUGCCAUUUUGCUGGAAGAUUUUGUAAAGCCAUGUUUUCCGAAAAUGACAUCAGCAGCAAAGACUGUGCUUUCAAAAAUGGCUAUUGUUGUCUGCGGUGGAGUUUGUCUUUUGAUUGCUUACGUCGUUUCUCAGCUGGGUGGAUCUAUAUUACAGGUAUCCUAUAUUCUGUUUGGUAUGCUUGGAGGACCAUUACUUGGAGUAUUUACACUUGGAGUACUAUUUCCCUGGGCAAAUAAAUGGGGAGCAUUAAUCGGUCAUUUGACAUCCCUGGUGAUAACACUUUGGAUAGGGCUGGGAACUUAUUUGACCAAAGUUGUUGUCACGUCGCCAUCAUCACUAAUAACAAAGGGAUGUCGAAUGCUAAAUACUACAACAACGACAAUGUCACCAAGUCACCUACUUUCCACUGAAGCUGAUUUGCCCGAAGUAAAAAAUGACUUUCCAUUGUACAAGAUGUCCUAUAUAUGGUAUGUAGGACUUGGCAUGUUGAUACACAUCGUUGUUGGGUUGAUUGUCAGUUUCUUGACAGGUCCUACCAAACCUAGUGAAAUAAAUCCAGGACUAAUUUGUCCCAUAUUUGACGAGUUACUUCCGUUUCUUCCAAAGAAAAUCAGGAAAAAGUUACAAUUUGGUGUCCGUCAUGAGGAUUUUGUUAAAUUUAGUCCAGACAAUCCCAACACAAAAGAUCGUGGUGGAUACGAUAAAAGGGAUUUUGAGUUGAAAGAAGACAGUGUGAAAACGGAAAAACCUAUACCAUUUGUGCAAACUGUUUGUAAUGGAACGUCUACUGAUGCGAUAGGAACAGAUUAUAUAUAUGAGAAGGAUUAUAAUACACAUUUUUAAUCACCGUGAAAUACAUACAUGAUGUUAUUCCAUAUUAUUUUUUCAAAAUUAUAUUACCUUAGCUGUACCUUGGCAAAACGUUUAGGAAUGUUGGUCCCCAAUGCUCUUCAACUUCGUACUUUAUUUGGCCUUUUUAACUUUUUUGGAUUAUAGCGUCACUAAUGGGUCUUUUGUAGACGAAACGCGCGUCUGGAGUAUACUAAAUUUAGUCCUGGUAUCUAUGUGAGGUUUUUUUAUAAAGCUUUUCGAACAUUUGACGUUACUUUUAGAAUGAAAAGGAUAACUAUGUCCUCUAUUGAGCUAGAUGUCUGAUUCUUUGA